UCUCUUUUACUUCCUUUUUUCUUUCCUAUCAUCCUUCCUCCCUUCUCUCCACCACCUUUUCCUCUAUCUUUCCUUUUACACUGAUGGCUUACAUCCUAUGUAAUUGUAACUGUGUUGGAUCCUAGUAAAAGGACGACCAGCAGGGGACUUCAUCCUUGAGUCCACCGUGAGAACUCAAAUCUCCUUUUCCCUCUGGCCUCAUGGCACUGUCCCCUCAGCACCUAGGUUAGGAACCUGAGGGGAGGUGCCCCACUCCCAGGUCCAGUCCUGGCCCAUGGCUUAAUCCCAGACUCCUAGAGAGACCUUUACGUGCCCUUCCCUGCCUCUGCUCCUGCCUUGGCAGCCUGACCCGCCUGCUCCAUGGGGAGGGAAAACCUCACCUGGGUCAGUGAGUUUGUCCUACUGGGCCUCUCCGGGGACAGGCAGACCCAGGCUGGCCUGUUUGUCCUGUUUGGGGCCGCCUAUCUGCUGACCUUGCUGGGCAACGGGCUCAUCCUCGUCCUGAUCCGGCUGGAUCCCCGCCUCCAGCUGCCCAUGUACUUCUUCCUCGGCAACCUCUCUGUAGUGGACAUCUGCUACACCUCCAGCGGGGUUCCCCAGAUGCUGGCGCACUUCCUCCUGGAGAAGAAGACCAUCUCCUCCGCCCGAUGUGGUACCCAGCACUUCUUCUCACUGGCCCUGGGGGGCACCGAGUUCUUGCUGCUGGCCGCCAUGGCCUAUGAUCGCUAUGUGGCCGUCUGCGAUCCCCUGCGCUACGCGGCCGUCAUGGGGCUGCAGCUCUGCGCAGGGCUGGCCGCCGUCUCCUGGCUCGUGGGCCUGGCGAAUGCGGCGGUGGAGACCGCGGUCACCGUGCGUCUGCCCACCUGUGGGCGCCACGUGCUGAACCACGUGGCCUGUGAGACGCUGGCGCUCGUCAGGUUGGCCUGUGUGGACGUCACUCUCAACCAGGCGGUCAUAGUGGCGUCCAGCGUGGUGGUGCUUUUGGCGCCCUGCUGCCUGGUUGCUCUGUCCUACGCCCGCAUCGUGGCCGCCGUCCUGCGGAUCCGCUCCAGCGGGGGGCGCCGCAAAGCCUUCGGGACCUGCGCCUCGCACCUCACCGUGGUCUCCAUGUCUUACGGCAUGGCCCUGGUUACCUACAUGCAGCCCCGCUCCACCGCCUCCGCCGAGCAGGACAAGGUGGUGGUGCUCUUCUAUGCGGUGGUGACCCCUAUGUUGAAUCCUCUCAUCUACAGUCUGAGGAACAAGGAGAUAAAGGCCGCUCUCACUCGGGUUCUGACGAGGAGCUCUCAAUCAAAACGGUAGCCUGGGACCUUGUCAUUCAAGGGCCUCGCUCUGAGUACGGUGGGCAGGGCAGCGUGCCCACCACCUACUGUGUGCGCAUGUACGUGUGUGGGCACGUGAGUGCAUGUGUGUG